AUGACCUCGCUGGAACUACACGACAUUAGAGCAGCCAGCGAUACCCGUGCGGCCGCCAGCGCGGGGAAUAAAGCAAACGAAGAAACGCCGGCGAGCGAGAUCGAGAGCAUUGAGUAUGUCUCGGGCUACAAGCUCGUCCUCCUCUUGAUCAGUCUCUCCACGUUCUUCUUCCUGGUCAUGUUGGAUAUGUCGAUUAUCACUACGGCCGUUCCGCAGAUCACAUCGGACUUCCAGAGGCUGCAGGACAUCGGGUGGUACCAUGGUGCGUACCAACUCGCUAGUGCGACAUUGCAGCCCCUGACGGGCACGGUGUACUCGCGCAUCAGCGCGAAGUGGGUGUUCCUGGGCUUCUUCGGCGUCUUCGAGCUCGGCUCGCUGCUGUGCGGCGUCGCGCAGUCCUCCACCAUGUUCAUCGUCGGCCGCGCCGUCGCGGGUCUCGGGAGCUCCGGCAUCCAGAACGGCGCCCUGACCAUUCUCUCCAGCGCCGUGCCGCUGCUGAAAAGGCCGGUCUAUAUGGGAUUCCUGAUCGCCUUCGGCCAGAUUAGCAUCAUCCUCGGACCCCUGAUCGGCGGCGCCUUCACGCAAUACGUGACCUGGAGGUGGUGCUUCUACAUCAACUUGCCGCUGGGUGGCCUUGCCGGGCUCUUCCUAGCCGUCAUACAUGUUCCCGACGCGACGGUCAAGCCGCAGAUCUCACUAGCGGUGCUCCGUCAGGUUAUACCACGGCUCGACCUCAUCGGUUUUUCUAUCUUCGCACCGGGCGCUAUCAUGUUUCUCCUGGCCCUGCAGUUCGGCUCCUCGGAGUAUCCCUGGAAUUCGCCUACGAUUAUCGGUCUCUUCUGCGGUGCCGGUGCCGCUAUCGCGCUCUUCCUGCUCUGGGAGCGCCGCCAGGGCGACGACGCCAUGAUUCCCUUCUCCAUGGUGCGCAUCCGCGUCGUAUGGGUCAGCGCUAUCCAGUAUGCCAGCCUGAUGACGAGCACCAUGCUCGGCGGCCAAUUCUUCCCCAUCUACUUCCAGUCUGUGAAGGGUGUCGGCGCGACGAUGAGCGGCGUAUACAUGCUGCCCAGUAUCCUAUCGGGGUUGGUUUUUGUCGUCCUCUCCGGAGUAUUAACGACUCGAUUCGGUUAUUACCUUCCGUGGGCGGUUGUCGCAGGGUUAUGUACCGCGAUCGCCAGUGGCUUGAUCUCGACCUGGGGCCCUGAAACCGAGAUCGCCGAAUGGAUCGGAUAUCAGGUUCUCUUCGGUGUCCGCGGCUGCGGUGCACAAGCGGCUAUAAUUGCACUUCAGAGCAACCUCCCACCGGCCCAGAGCGCCCUUGGGAUCGCUUUCUUGAUCUUCUGCCAAAACCUUUUCACGGCUGUCUUCGCUGUCGUAGGGAAUACUAUUUUUACGCAGACGCUGCUAAAAGAAAUCUCGAGACUCGCGCCCUCGGUGAACCCAGCCGGCGCCCUCGCGGCGGGGGGUAGCGCCGAGGCUGUGCGGGCGCUGGUGCCAGCGGGAAGCCCGGAGCUGGCUAACGUGUUGCUGGCCUUUUCUAAUAGCUUCGACGCGGCCUGCUAUGUACUCGCCGCCGCUGCGUCCUUGAGUUUUGUCAUGGCUUGGGGGAUGGGCUGGGUUGAUGUCAGGAAGAAGGUGCCCGAGAAGGGGACAGAGAAGGGGGACGUUUAA